AAUGAUGAUGAAAAUAAUGAUAUUGAUAUUAAUAAAUUUGAAAUUAGAAAAAAACGUAAUAUUAUUUUGGGAAAUGAUGAACGAUUUAAACUUGAUAAAUAUUUUAUAGAAGAUAAUCAAAAAUUAAAUAAAAAUAUUACUACAAAUAAUGAUGAAAUUGAUUUAUUAAAAGAAAAGCAAUUACAAUUAGAUAUAUUAGAAAAUAUUUUGGGAGUGCCAAUUAUUUUAAAAAAUGAAAAUAUAAAUAAGGAUGUAAAACUUUUAAAAAAAGGAAUGAUUAGAUAUGAUCCUACAGAAAAUGAUCAUAAAGAAUAUGAAAUUAAUACAGAGAAAUCUGAAUCAGAAACCAAGAGAAAUAAAAAAAAAAAUAAAAUUAAUAGUAAAGCCUUGAAUGAAAAUCCAUCUGUAGAGGUGUCUAAAGAUAUAUAUUUUUCAAUAUCAGAUUCAUUAUCAAAAAGUUUCAAAGAAGAAGAACAAUUUAGUUUAUUAAAUAUAUAUAGAAAAAAAAUAGAUAAGGAAAAAAAAGAUAAUAAUGAUAAUGAUAAUGAUAAUGAUAAUAGUAAUGUGUCAAAUAUGUCAUUAAAACUUCAAAAGAUUCAUUUUGAUUUGAAUUCAAAGAAACUAUUUAAAUAUGAUUCUUCUGAUAAUGAAGACAAUAAUAAACAAGAAUAUAUAAAUAAUGAACAAUAUAUACACCAUGAAAUUAAAGAUAUAAAUAAAUUUUUCUUUGAUAUUAAUGAUAUUCGUUUUAAUGAGGCAGAAAAUUUUUUUUCAAAAGAACAUGUGUCAGAAGAUACAUUUAAAGAACUUAGACAAGAAUUAAAACAAAUUGUACGCUCAAAAAUUCAAAAAAAUUUGAAAAAGAAACAACCUUGGGGAUAUAAAAAGAAAAUAAAAAAUCUUUAAUGUGUAUUUUUAUUAAGAUUUUAAAUAUGUAUAAAAUAUUAAAUUUAUAAUGUUUUUAAUAAAGAGAAAUAAAACUUUGUAUGGAGAUGUCAUAUAGAAUAGCUUAUA